AUGACGAAACAAGUCCAAGACAUUUACCGAAAAGACGAAACGUCAUUUGAUUACAUAUACGAAGAAAAUUCGACGAUUGAGCUGAAGGACAAUAAGGGCCUAGUGAGAUGCAAUAUUUACCGGCCAAAGGGCCCAAGUGGCGCAACCUACCCUGUGCUGGUUACAUACGGGCCAUAUGGCAAAGACAUUCACUAUUCACAGUUCCAUGCUGAAUCGUACAAAGAUGUGGACGAAGAGCACCAUUCACCCCACUCUGCGUGGGAAACUCCGGAUCCUGGAUUUUGGACUCGAAAUGGAUAUGCAGUGGUACGAGCUGACGAGCUGGGCUUGGGCCAGUCUCCGGGUAUCCUGGACACCAUGUCUGGCAACACCAGUCGCGCUUUCUUCGACGUAAUUGAAUGGGCAGCUCGUCAACUGUGGUCAAGUGGAAAGGUCGGAUUGCUUGGGAUCAGCUACUACGCAGGCAGCCAAUGGCGUGUUGCAGCACUAAGACCAAAGGGCUUGGCCUGUAUCGUACCAUGGGAGGGGAUGUCCGAUUACUAUCGCGAUAGAUGCCGACAUGGUGGUAUCCUAUCCAACUCCUUCAUCGAAUUUUGGUGGAACCGCCAGGUCAUUACUAAUCAGUAUGGUCGCCCUGGAAGAGCGGCGCGGAAUUGGGGUCCUGAUACCAUUGAGGGCGACUUGUCUCCGGGGGAGCUGCAACAGAAUUGUAGAGACCAGACAGUGGACAAUACUGAAGCUAGCUUCAUGGAUGACGAGUACUAUGCUUCGCGGGAGUACAAUAUGCAGGAUAUUCAAGUCCCGUUCCUUUCCGUGGCAAAUUGGGGUGGUAUCCUUCUGCACCUGAGGGGAAAUGUGGAGGGCUUUAUCAAUGCCGGGUCGCAGCUCAAAUACCUUCGAUUCGUCACCGGUCGGCAUGAUCUUCCAUUUUAUACCAAGGAAGGCGUUGAAAUGCAAAAAAGCUUCCUCGAUGCCUUCCUUAAGGGGGAAGACAAUGCCGGAUGGUCAACUGGAAAGGCGCCGAAAGUUGGUCUCGUUUUGCGCAAAGGUGACAUUGGGUACAAUAACGCGGAAUCAGAGGAACUAUACCCCAAGCGUUUUGAAACGGAUUGGCCCAUUCCGGACACGAAAUAUACCAAGUUCUACUUGACAUCGGACCGCAAAUGGAUUGGCACUGGUCCCUGCCCGAAGACCGAGCAUAGGACCCAAGUUUCAUACAAUGCCCUCGGGAACCUCAAGGCGCAGCAUCUCGUUCAGUUUACUACGAGUGCUUUCACUUCAGAAGUUGAGUUUACCGGCCAUGUCAUGGCUCACCUCAACAUUUCGGCGAGCAAGAAUAGUCGUUCGUCUAAGUCUGGCCCCAGCGACAUAGAUCUGUUUCUCACAAUUCGACACCUUGACUCGAAAGGCAAGGAGAUCUUGUAUACGGGCACUGUGGGCGACCCUGUCCCCAUCACCAAAGGUUGGCUUCGUGCUAGUCUUCGAAUGGUUAACGAGCAAAGUCCUCGCAGCAAACCGUGGUAUCCUCACCGAGAGUACCUUUCUACUGAGGAAGCGCCCAUUGUUCCCGGAGAGGUUUAUCCGGUCGAUAUUGAAAUCUGGCCAACGAACAUUGUGGUUCAAUGUGGUGAAAAAUUGGUGUUUGAAGUCUCCUCUGGAGACACACAGGGUGCAGGCCUUUUCGAGCACACCUCCGCAGCAGAUCGAUCAGAGAAAAAGCUUCAGGGGAUCAAUUCCAUCGAGUUUGGUCCAGGUCUGGAAAAUUGGGUUCUAAUGCCUUUGAUACCCCCAAGAAAAUAA